AUGACGGUGACCUAUUCGUCGGUAUCUAUUUCGAUUCUGGAGGACAUGCUGCUGGAGAUUGCGAGCGAGAUCAUCAGCAGGUCGAUUCUGGAUGAGAAGCUGCUACGACAGGAGUACGGAAUGGCCCAGCCGGGCCUGGUAGACGAGGGGGACACCGCUGCAGGGCUGGUAAAGAAAGUGCGACAAAAUAUUGGCAACUCGGCCAGUGGGUCGAGCCAAUCAUCAGCAGCGGCGACACCGCAGUCCGGAGAAAACGGAUCUAUCCCAGAUAUCGGCAGAAUAGGCUUUCUACAGAACGGCAGAGAGAUAUUCCCUAGAAGCACCAACAGCUCAGAUGCCUACUUCCAGUGUCUCAACUGCGAGAGAAAGAUUGCCGGUGGGCGUUUUGCUGCCCACAUCGACAAAUGUCUGGGAGGAAGGGUGCGGAAGUGA